ACAUUCUCCCUUGUGUUGUUAUUUGCCUUCACGCCUUCGUGUUGCCUCCCGAACAUUCGUUGUACCCACACCUGACGGGAUUUUCCAUUAAAUUUGCUGUUUGACCCCUCAAUCAUGGGACCCGGCGGCGCGGAAGUGGCUCAAAUGCAGAAAAAAUUCGAGGGGGAAUUAGUGGCAUUAAAGAAAAUACAAAAAGAUCUGACGAAAACAACAACAUUACGGUCUCAGCUUGAUGGACAGCUCAAUGAAAAUAAAGUAGUUAAAGAGGAGUUGGAUCUGUUAGAUAUGAAUGCUGUUGUGUACAAGCUUAUUGGUCCAGCACUUAUCCGGCAAGACUUAGAAGAAGCUCGUCAAAAUGUGGGCAAGAGAAUCGAUUAUAUUCAACAAGAAAUAAAGCGUCAUGAGAAUGGCAUGGAAGAUUUAGAGAAAAAAGCAGAUGAAAAACGUGAUUGUAUAUCCAAACUACAACAGCAGAUGCAGCAAAUCAUGAUCAAAGCUCAAGGAUCCCAAUAGUGUAACUACGUAAUAAUUUUCCUGCGUAUUUUCUGAAUGUCAUUUGUUGCCUUCAUUAUCACUUCCAUAGCAGUUUAUUUCUGUGCUUGACUUCAUGCAAUAUAAAUGCAAAGGUGAUUGACUGCAAGGAAAUAAAUGAUCAAGACUGGCAUUAAACAUGAACUCAGAUGCAUUUUAUCAUUUCCUCCCAACUAAUUUGAAAAGUCAGGUCUUCCCAUUUCUCUUUUCUCAUCUCCCCCAUAUUGGUGGUAUUGGAUUGUUGAAAUGGGAUAUUUUUGCUGUCAGCUAUUCCCUUGUGUUCCUUUUUUUUAUGUUGCGCAAUCAUUUUUGUUAUUGAUUUACGUUUAUUACAUCUCUAUAAAUUUUUUAGAUUUUGAGUUGUUCGUUUAGAGGGCUGUGAUGGUUUUCAUAUCAGUUAUGAGUCCUGUUAGUUCAUAAUGUGAACAAAUAUUAAACUUUUUCACACUCAUUAAAGGAUAAAGUUUUAGUUAAGCAUAAAUUAAAAUUACAGGAUAUAUAUGUACAGUAUUAUAAGGAGGAGAUAAACAAUGCCAAAAAAAGGUUGUCAUAUGUUUAGAUUUACUGUACCUAGCAAGGUAUAUAGUGCAUUGUUUUAGUAAGUUGAAUAGCAAACAAAUGCACUUGCAGUAAGGAUAGCUGUUUCUGUUAUUCUUCUUGGCAUUUUCUUCUGUAUUCAGAAUUAACUGUAAAGGUAAAGAUCUCUUAAUAUAUGAAAUGUGAUAAUUUCAAUUAGACAUUUCUAUAGUGUUAGAUAAGGAAUAUGGCAAAAUUUUGUUUGGAACUAGUCAUUUGGCUUUGUAUCUAACAUGGAGUGGUCUAAGGGAAUCAAAAGCUGAAUCGUGAUCAUCCUUAUUAGUCAGGGAAAGAUUUGUAUAUCUAACAUGCAUGGUAAGUUGUAAAAGCUGCUAAGGAAUAACCUAAAUGCUUGCAGAAAUGAAGCAUAUAUUUGGUUAGCUCGGAAAUAUUUAUUGUAAUAAAAAUAUAGUGACUGUAAUCACUUGUUUCUUUGUAAUUCUGUUGAUAUAUAAUAGAGGUUACAGUGGCUAGAUUUGUUCCUUGAAACAUUCAAGUUUUAUUCACUUACAUGAAAUGAAGUUUUUGACUUUCAAGCAUAUUUAAUUAUUGACAUUUCUUCACAUACUGUACUAUAAUAUGUAUCCACAGUCACAAUUCAUAAAUAUUUUAUAUUAAUUACAGUAUGUUCUUGAUAUGUUGCAGCCUUCUUACAGUUUUGUCUUUGCGAUCUACCUUAUCAGAUCUGCCUGUGCUGUUUAAAUUAAUAGCGUUUUGUAAUAUUACAGCUUCCUUGAAUUAAAAUGUCAUGUAACUA